AUGAUGUGCGAAGAGUCGUAUGAUUUUAACCACAAGGAAGAACCUGAAGAUAAUUCUCACUUCAAUUUCGGUUUUUGCUCCCUUGUAUCGAAACCAAAGGACUAUUACAAGAUUUUGGAAGUGGAUUAUGAUGCUUCUGACGAAGCUAUUCGAUCCAACUACAUCCGUCUUGCCUUGAGAUGGCAUCCUGAUAAAAAGAAGAGCGAGGAGACUGCCACUUCAAAAUUUCAAGAAAUCAGUGAAGCUUAUCAGGUGUUGAGUGAUCCUGUAAAACGACAUGAAUAUGACAACAUGGGCAUGCUCUAUACGCUUGACAGCAACAUAGCGGUGACCUCUCAGCAUCCAUUCGAUAUAGAUUAUCUUAAUCGCUACAAGGGCCUCAUUCUCACGUGCAACGGCCUUGGUAUGAAAUGCUCGAUGUGGUGA